UCUCUAACAAGAGAAACGCAGCCUUGAAUCUGGAUCUUCUCCCCUUUAUUUUAUCAGAAAGGGGGAAGAUACGAAGGGUACACGACUGAGAAAUGGGGCUCAUCUCGAUGCUCAUUGACGCCGUGGUGGUGGUCUUCUCCGCUGUGCUGACGGUGACGGCGCCAUUGUUCGACGCGCAGACCUGCCUCCCUAAAUUGCUCUACCCGGCGCCACUGGUGGAGCUGAAGCGGUGGUACGCCGAGGAGUUCGGAGACUAUUUGGUAGCUGAGAAGCCCGGCUUUUUCACCGGACUCGUAUGGCUGGAGAUCGCCUUCCUCUGGCCCCUCUCCGUCGCCAAUAUCUACGGCAUCGUCUCUCGCCGCCCAUGGGCAACCACCACCUCCCUCAUGGCGGGCGUCAACGUCGCCACGACAAUGGCUGCUAUAAUGGGAGAGUUGCUAAGUUCUGGGAAAGCAUCAGAUAAGUUGAUUCGAUUGUAUGCUCCGUUCAUGGUUUUUGCCUUCUUCGCAAUCAUACGAGGACUGCUUCCUCGACGUAUCCCUGCUUCUACAUCUCAUGCCGCUUCAGGAAGGAACAAGAAGAAGAGGACCUAAUUGAAGAUAGAUGCUUCCUGUUACUGCUUUUAUUGUUCUUUGAUAUCCUGAUGUUGACAAAUUACCUGUUAGAUUUUAUGUUUGAACAAUCUUCUUUGCAAAUGGAAUUGGACUAUUCAGGAACAAUCGAGUUCUUUA